AUCAUUUGCGCGGUACGAAAUAAAAAUCUCAAUACUCGAUAGUUGAUACAUCUACAAGUAGCGAUAAAAACACGCGAUUUAUUUUGAUAUUAUAAGAUAACACGUAGAAAAUGUGCUUAUCUCGUUUCAUACAACAGUGCCUUUGUAUUGUGUACACAUUUUUUAAAUGAGUGUUUAAUUACGCUUGUUGCGGUGAUCGCGAUCUAAUUUCACGUAAUAAGCGUUUAUAGCGGUGACAGAAGCAUUAGUUCUGCCGUGUGUGGCGUUUGUAAAUAUAGGUUUAAACUAGAGUCGGACAUUUUUCGAUGAGUUUGCAACUGCGUUGGGGUAUUGUCGGGGUCGGUAUGAUCACCCACGACUUCUUAACAGCAAUGGCUUCCAUGUCCCCCGAGCAGCACCGAGUCGUAGCUAUAGCCGGCAAAGACCUAGAUCGUGUGCACAGAUUGGCCACGCUCCAUAAAAUCGCAACGGCAUACGAAGGCUACGAAUCGUUAGCGCACGACACCUCAGUAGACAUUGUUUUCGUCAGCGUACUUAAUUUGCAACAUUUCGAGAUAACUAAGUUAAUGCUAGAGAAUGGUAAGCACGUUUUGUGUGAGAAGCCAAUGGGAAUGUGUUACAAGCAGACGAAGUCUCUUGUGGACUUGGCGCGCGAAAAGAAGCUAUUUCUUCUCGAAGGGAUGUGGUCGCGGUUCUUUCCUGCUUACGACGCUUUGGAUAAACAUAUAUCGGCUGGUGGGCUUGGGGACAUCUAUCAUAUAAAUAUACAGUUUGGGGUGGAAAUAAGUGACUUAGAACGAAACUUAAUGAAAGAUUUAGGUGGCGGCGCGGUAUUGGAUUUAGGGGUUUACAUGCUUCAGUUCCUCCAAUUUAUAUACAAAGAACCGCCAACCGAUAUCAUGUGCACCGGCCAUAUAAGUAAGGCCGGUGUGGACGAGUCCGUGUCUUGUGCACUGAAAUAUACGGACGGACGAACUGCAACUAUCGCCGCUCAGACGAGAGCCACGCUGACAAAUAGGGCGGAGAUAACAGGAACUAAAGGGACCAUAGCGAUGGAUUACUUUUGGUGUCCAACAGUACUUCACAUAUCAGCCGCUAACAGUACGGAAUGGACUUUACCGAAGGGGAAGUUCAAAUUCAACUUUCACAACAGCGCCGGACUCGGCUACCAAAUUCAGGAGUGCUGGAAUUGUAUUAAUGAAGGUUUACUCGAAAGUCCAAAAAUGAGCCUCGACGAGAGCAUCUUGCUAGCUAAACUGAUGGAUACAAUGAGAACCCAAAUCGGAGUAAUUGAUUCAGCGCUCUAAGCCAUAGCAAUAAGAUACAAAUUGCCUUAUGCCAGUAAUCUAGACAAUAAGUCACGCCUCAAAAUAUCGGCAUCUAUUCGACUGUAUACGCAAAUUGAAGUAUUAAUAAUACGUAAUAAUAUACGAGCCUGAAGCUACGUGCUAGUUCAGUAUUUACCUCAACAAACUGUGAUUUUAAAUGUCUUAUGACACCACGUUGUAAAUUAUAUUUACAAAUAAUAUACGCUAUUUAUUGA